AUGGAGCAUAGUUACUUCUCGUCGCGUGGAAUACCACCACCAAGCAGUGGCCCGGUUCCGCUGCGUGGACUCGAUCCAACACUUGAGUUCCGUCUUCGUGAACGAUAUUUGGGAGGUUUUCAUAGCGCAGCUGAUGCAAUGAGGCAUAGUUUCUUAGCAUCACGUGGAUUACCACCACCACCAAGCAAUCGAUUUGUUCCGCUGCAUGCAGUCCAUCCAAGUUUUCGUUACUCAGCUAUAGAAAUGGCGGAGAAUUACUUUACAUCACGUGAAAUACCACUACCAAAUAGGGAACCUGUCCGACCGCGUGAAUUCGAUCCGACACUCUACUUCGGCCUUUCUGAUUGGUGA